CAUUAACACAAGCUCUGAGUUUGAGAGAAAAUUUCUAUAUAAACACUUAAAAAGUGAUGAAUUCAAAUGUACGGUAGUGAUGUUUUUUCACACUCAUUAGUUGAAGUUGUUUUGGAAAAGAAAAGAGAAGAGAUUUCACCCACGUGUAUGUUCAAGAUUAUUUUCAACUUAAGUGGCCUCUCCUAGCUCAUUCAUACCUUUCAACCACCUCCUUUCAAAUUGCUUUGAAUGUGAUGUAAAAUUUUUAGCAUAAGGCAAAAAACCUCAUCAUUUUGGUGGUGUCCAAUGGAGUCCAAGUUGAUGGUGAAACGCUUAUCACUAACACUAUUAUUAUUAUUAUUGAUUUUUGUGGGUGAGUUGCAGGUUUCUAAUGGAUGUAUUGAGGAAGAAAGAUUGAGUUUGUUGCAUAUGAAGUCCAUCUUUUUGUCCUAUGAUAUCCCUCACGUCUUCCAUAAGAGUCCAUUUCCUUCAUGGGUUGGAUCUAAUUGUUGCAAUUGGGAAAGAGUUAAAUGCGACACUUCUGGCAUCCAUGUGGUGGAACUCUCGCUCUAUGAGCUGUUUUCUGAUGAACAUUAUCGUGGUUUGGAUGAAAACUAUCAUUUGCUCAAUCUUUCUCUAUUUCAAAAUUUCAAAGAAUUGAAAACUCUUGACUUAACUUAUAAUGCAUUCAACGAAAUUACUGGAAACCAAGGAUUCAACAAAUUUCCAAAUUUCAACAAAUUAGAAAUUUUAAAUCUUUCUGGAAAUUAUUUUAGAAAUAAAAUCCUUUCAUCUUUGAGUGGAUUUACCUCGUUGAAGAAGUUGUUGCUUAAUAACAACGAGUUAAAUGAAUCUAUCACUUUACUUGGUUUUGAAAACUUGAGAGAGUUAGAUCUAAGUAUGAAUAGAUUGAAUGGGACACUUCAAAUGCAAGGGCUAGAUGGAUUAGAGAUUCUAAAUCUUGAAUAUAAUGGGUUCAAGAACACCAAUAUUUUUUCAUCGUUGAGAGGUCUUGUAUCAUUAAGGAUUUUGAAGCUUAAUAAUAAUGUUGACCUGGGAAGCACUUUUCCCACACAAGAUGUUGCAAAAUUGAAGAGCUUAGAAGUCUUGGAUCUUUCAUAUGAUAGUUUUUAUGAUGGAGUAAUACCCUUACAAGAUUUGAAGAACUUGAAAGUAUUGAAUCUAUCAUAUAAUCAGUUCAAUGGCUCGCUGCCAAUACAAGGAUUUUGCAAAUCAAAAAGUCUAAUUGAGUUGAAUAUUAGAAACAAUGAAAUUAGAGGUGAAUUUCCAGAAUGUAUUGGAAACUUCACUGGUCUUAAACUUCUUGAUAUCUCAUCUAAUCAAUUCAGUGGAAAAAUUCCAAACGCAACCAUUUCCAAACUCACAUCAAUUGAGUACCUAUCCCUUUAUGAAAAUGACUUUGAAGGUUCUUUCUCAUUCUCCUCCUUAGCUAACCACUCUAACCUUUGGUAUUUCAAGCUAUCAAGAAGAAAUAAUACUGGAAACAUUCAAGUGGAAACAGGAGUACAUGAAUGGCAUCCUACUUUUCAGUUGCAAAUUCUUUCACUGCGUAGUUGUAACCUCAAUAGCCAAACUGCAUCAAAAAUCCCAAGUUUUUUACUCACACAGCAUAAGUUGAAAUACCUUGAUCUUGCUCAUAACAACUUGGUUGGACCUUUUCCUAUUUGGUUGUUACAAAAUAACUCUGAAUUGAACUCUUUAGAUUUGAAGAACAACUCACUUUCAGGAACUUUUCAACUCUCCACUUCGAACCUCAAUUUAAGGUUUUUGGAAAUUUCAAGUAAUCUUUUUAAUGGUCAAUUGCCAACCCACUUGGGUCUCCUUCUACCAAAAGUUGAGUACUUCAAUAUUUCAAGAAAUAGUUUUGAAGGUAAUCUUCCUUCAUCUAUCAAACAAAUCCAUUCCCUACGUUGGUUGGAUGUAUCAAACAACAAAUUUUCUGGAAAUUUUCAGAUUUCUACGUUCUACAACAUGCCUUUAUUACAAUCUUUGGUUCUAGCAAACAACAAUUUCAGUGGAAGCAUUGAGGGUGAAUGGAAUCUCUCAUUUUUGACUGCAUUGGAUCUAUCCAAUAAUAUGUUCACAGGCAAAAUUCCUCGUAAAAACAUUGGUAGUUCAAAUCUUGAAUCUAUUCAAUUAUCAAGAAACCGUUUUGUAGGUGAACUUCCAAAAGAAAUUUGCUCCCCAUGGUUACUUACAAUCCUGGAUGUGUCUGAAAACCAACUAGUUGGUGAAGUACCUUCCACCUGUCUCACCUCUUCAACUUUGGUUUUCUUAUACCUGCAAAAGAACGGGUUCACAGGACUUGCAGCACAUGUAUUAUUGUCCAAACCCACAAACUUAAAAAUUAUUGAUCUAAGCUACAACAACUUUUCAGGACAUAUUCCUAAAUGGUUCAACAAAUUUACAAGCUUGCGGGUUCUUUUGCUGAAAGGGAAUGAGUUAGAAGGUCCGAUUCCAACACAAUUAUGUCAAAAUAGUGAAAUAAGUAUUAUGGAUCUAUCAAGCAAUAAACUCAAUGGAACAAUACCUUCAUGCUUCAAUAAUAUAACAUUUGGGAACAAAAAUUUUGGUUCGACUGAGGUCACUACUUAUCCCAUUGUUAUUAAUGAAGGUUUGGGCGAUAGUUGUGUUUGUGAAAACCACUAUAUUGGGAUGUGUUGCAACCCUGUAAGUAUACCUAUAAUACAAGUAAUUGUGAAUUUUACUACAAAACAAAGGUUGGAGAGUUACAAAGGGAAUAUUCUAAAUUAUAUGUCUGGACUUGAUUUAUCAAGCAACCAACUAACCGGUGACAUUCCACAACAAAUUGGAGACUUGAAACAUAUACGUGCCUUGAAUUUCUCUCACAAUAAGUUGGUAGGACAUGUACCAAAAGUAUUGUCCAAUCUUAAACAAUUAGAGAGCUUGGAUCUUUCCAAUAACUUUUUAAAUGGAAGUAUUCCUUCAGACCUAGCUACACUCAAUUUUCUUUCAACCUUCAAUGUGUCAUACAACAAUCUGUCGGGUAUGAUCCCAACAGCACCACACUUCACAUAUCCUGAGAGCAGUUUUUAUGGUAAUCCUUAUCUAUGUGGAUCAUAUAUUGAACACAAAUGUUCGAUCAGCCCUGUUUUACCUACAAACAACAAAUUCGUAAAGCUAGAAGAAGAUGGAGCAUUCUUUGACUUAGAAGCAUUCGGUUGGAGCUUUGCAGCCUCAUACAUCACACUAUUGUUGGGAUUUAUAGUGGUUCUAUACAUAAACACACAAUGGCGUCAAAGAUGGUUUUAUUUUGUUGAAGAUUGCUAUCAUUAUUUUUAUAAGUGUACUUAGAAUGUCCCCAUUCAAACUUGGGAACUUUUUCUUGGAUGUUGAUUACUGUAAUGGAGUUGUAGAUGUAUUCUUUUCUGCAACAAUGCAAUCACUUGUUUAUCUUCCCUCAAAUGACAAUUUGAUGCAAAAA